AUGGUAUUUGAUGUUGAAAAUGCACUUAAUCGUCUGAACGAUUUUCAAAAAUAUUUUCAAUCAAAGAAAAAUCUUCCAACUCUUCGUUUAUCGUCUUUUCGAUUUCUACUUCGUUUUCCUGGUGAACUCGAAGAUGAAUGGAAUAAAUAUUAUUAUUCUCAAUGGUCGCUUAAUGGUGUCAAUAUUGAUCACUGUCUUGAAGAACAAUGUUUAUGUACUAUGAAAUACGAUUAUUCGCAGACACUAUCAAUACCCAAGAAAUAUUCUCUUCUUAUUUUCACUCGUUCAUCUCUACCUUUUCAUCGAAAGAUACAUAAUUACUCUACUGCAAUGAAACUCAAACAAACGCCAUCAACAUCAUCAAUUGAAUGGACUUGCGAUUAUUUUGAUAAUUCAGAACAAGUUUUUGAAGUAUUGUCAAAAUUUGGGACAAUAAAGAAACUCACAUUUGGAACAUGGGCUGGAACAAAAUUGCAAAAUGAUACUACUAAAUUUGUUGUCUUUUCGUCAUCAUCCAAUAGACUUCAAUUGGAUCAACUUCGUUCACUCGUAUUUUUCACAAGUGAAAAACCGACUACUUUUUUUGUCAAAUCGCAGAAACAAUUAUGCCUUCGUAAAAUUCUUUCAGCAACAACGCAACUUGUUAAAUUAACUACCAAUUGGAAUUUUAUAAUGAAUAUGGAUUCAAAUUGUGCUAGAGAAUAUUCUUCUAUCUCACCUCUUCUCAAUUCACGUCAUUUGCAUUUACGACAUUUCAGAAGAGAUGAACCAAUAAAUUUAUUACAAUUGAUUGACAAUUCUCUAUUGUCAAACUUAUUUCCACAACUUACUAUAUUCUGGUCAAGUGGAAAGAAUAUACCUCUUGACGACAACUUCGCCAAAUUAGUUAUAUUAAUUGGUACUCAUUUUGAAAAACUCACUGAAAUUAUUAUUAACAAAGACUCUCGUUAUCGAGAUUUAGGCAUUCAUGGUCAUGAUUUAUUACGUACCCAACAACGUGAUAUCGAAAACUUAUUAAGAAAUGCCCAUAAAUUCCAUGAUCGAAAUCGUAUGAGUAUUCAUUGGACUAAUUAUCCUGAAUUACGUAUUUGGUUAUAA